AAAACGUCCGUGACGUAUGAUUUUCAAAUAGCUCUUCAUGCAAAAUGCAAUAGCAAUGAAAGCAGACCCACUUCACGGUUCUCUUGCCAUAGCCUCUUCCGUCUCCUCCCACAGGUUUUUGACUGGUGGGUAAGAUGGUCAACGCUAACUGGAGGCCCACGCGGCCGGGUGGCGGAGGAGGCGGGGGCACCGAAGCUGCACUUGAUGAAGGCUGUUGGAGGGCUCAGUUGCCGCCCCGAUCACGGGAAAGGAUUGUCGACAAGAUUCCUAUUUUUAAAGGAAGAUAUCUGAAGAUAUUGUCAAUGGAGACAGAGCGUCAGGGUACCAUACCUAAUGCUUUGCCAUUUAACUCUGCUGGGAGUAGCAGUGAGGACUCGGCAGUCAAACGUGCACGAUUACCUUCUUCUAAUCAAGAUGAAACCCAGAACGCGGUGGAUUACAUCAGCCAAUUGCCUGAUGCCAUAAUCUUUCAUAUCUUCUCCUUCUUGACCACAAAAGACACCAUCAAAACCAGUGUCUUGUCCAAGCAAUGGCGUUCCACUUGGACCUCUAAUCAGUAUAUGAGUUUCUCUUUGCCCCCUGGUGGUAGUCAGAAAUCCAAGGGCUUCAUUGCUUUUGUCGACUCAGUGCUGUCACGCUACACCGCAAAAAAGUUGAAAAGAUUCCUCUUUGAUGCUCCUUGUCCCGCCUCAAUGCGGUUUAGUCUUGGUUGGUGGCCCCAGUUGGCAGUUGAGCGUGAUGUUGAAGAGGUAUCGGCAAGUCUUGAUAGGUGGCUCCAGUUUGCAGUUGAGCAUGAUGUCGAAGAGGUAUCGGUAACCCUAAAUAAUCACCGCCACAAAAUUUAUGCAUUGCCUCAAAUCUUGUUUUCCUGCAAAACACUGGUGAGUUUGCGCAUAUCCCGAUGCUGUUUUUCGGUGUUUGGCACUGUGAAUUGGUGUUCAUUGAAGAUAUUGCGCAUUGAACUUGCGGAGUUGAACGAUGAUGGGAUGAUGAGAGUUUUGAGUGGCAGCCCUGUUCUAGAGCUCCUUGAGUUGAAACGUUGCGUGGGCGUCAAGCACAUCAUUGUUGAAUCAAAAAGUUUUAGAGAGUUGGUGAUUGAUUCUCAUGAGUUUUAUGGUCAAGCUUCCAUGUUGAAAAUUUCAGCUCCUCAUCUUCUCAAAUUGUGCCUAUUGGGCAAGUCUCGAGGGGGAGAGUUUAGACUAGAUGAAGUAUCUUCCUUGAUUGAGGCCGAGUUAAAUUUUGAAAUGCUCGAUGAGGUUAAGGCUCGUGCCGAUCUUCUCAAGGGGCUUCUCGAGAGGCUGCAUAAUGUCACGAAAUUAGUGAUGGGGAGCUGGUGCCUUCAGGCGCUGUCGCUAAUGGAGGCGAGAGAUAUGUUUCUUCCAUCCUUAAAAUGUCGGCAUCUGAUAUUACUCGGCGCAGCAGGCCAUGAGGGAGUUCCUGAGGCUAUAGCGAAAAUACUCGAAAGUACGCGGCUCUUGGAGAAGUUAUUCUUACAAAUGACUUGCACACCCGAUUCUGAGAUUGGGUUGAAGGCGGAGAGGGCAGGCUGUCGCGUCUUUGCUGGAGAAGAAUUUUGGAAUUUUGUAAAGUGGAGGAUCUAUCAUUGUUUGAUGCAUCUCAGGCAUGUUGAGAUUGUUGAUGGCGGUGCCAGUCUGCUGGCAUGGGAACCUGUUCUUUCCCUGCUCAAGUUUCUCCUCCAGAAUGCACUUUGGCUGGACAAAAUAGUGAUCGACAGUACCAAUUCCAAAUCAUCCCAAGCAUCUGAACCGUCACCGCUGCUUGAAGUGGCCCGGAUUCUUCUGUCGCACCCAAAGUGUUCUCCAAGCGCCAAGGUCAUUCUUAGAUAUCCUUUCCAAGGAUGUCCGUCUGUGUAAAUCCUGAUCAUUUCGUCAACACCGGUGACUUCUUUUUCUCCUUUUUGUACCCCUGAAUUUUACCUUGACAUUUUCAGGAGAUGUAAUUGUAUGUACCUGUCGCAAAUUAACCGAUUCGUUCUGACGUGUCGUUCUUCUUUUCUUUUUGUGGUGGUAGAACUUUCAGUCCUCUUACUGGGAGAAAGCAUGCUAUAUAAAGCUGAUAUUGCAUAGCA